UUACAACAAAACUAACCACUAACUGGGAUUCAAAAUCUCUAUUAAAAGAAGUGAAAAACUUCUCAGCAAGAGCGCACAACCCCUCUCAAACACAAAAAUCCCAACCACCAUUAUGGCUUCUUCCACCACCAAACCAAUUUUCACUCCUCCAUCCACCACAACCUCCUCCUCCUCCUCUUCACAACCACCAACAAGAUCUUCUCUUCUUUCCUUCUUCCGCAACACCGCCUCCACACCAAUCUCCCUAAAGCUCGCUCAUUCCCAUUCCUCCUCUCAUUCCCAUCCUUCUUUUCGUUCUUUGUCCAUCAAGAAUGCAACAAAAACAGUAGAAUCAGCCGAAACAUCACCAGUUUCCAGGGUUGGAGGGAAAGACACGAUCAACUCUCAAGAAACAAAACCAACAAUCCUGGUCUCCGAGAAACUUGGAGAAGCUGGUCUUGAACUCUUACGUGACUUUGGUGAUGUAGACUGUUCUUAUGAUCUUUCACAAGAAGAUCUGUGCAAGAAAAUCGCAUCAUGUGAUGCACUGAUUGUUAGAAGUGGUACUAAGGUCACUCGACAGGUUUUUGAGGCUGCAAAAGGGAAGUUGAAGGUUGUAGGGAGGGCUGGUGUUGGCAUUGACAACGUAGAUCUACAAGCUGCCACGGAAUUUGGUUGCUUGGUGGUCAAUGCACCAACUGCUAACACUGUUGCCGCUGCUGAACAUGGGAUCGCCUUGCUUGCUUCCAUGGCUAGAAAUGUUGCGCAGGCUGACGCCUCCAUGAAAGCUGGGCAAUGGCAGAGAAAUAAGUUUGUUGGUGUUUCUCUGGUUGGGAAGACAUUGGCGGUGAUGGGGUUUGGAAAAGUUGGGUCUGAAGUGGCAAGACGUGCAAAAGGUUUGGGAAUGGAAGUUAUUACCCAUGACCCAUAUGCCCCAGCUGACAGGGCCCGUGCCAUUGGGGUAGAGGUUGUGUCCUUUGAUCAGGCCAUCUCCACUGCUGAUUUCAUCUCUCUUCAUAUGCCACUCACUCCUGCAACCAAAAAGGUAUUCAAUGAUGACUCUUUUGCGAAGGUGAAGAAGGGGGUCCGGAUCAUUAAUGUUGCAAGAGGUGGGGUUAUUGAUGAAGAUGCUUUAGUCAGGGCUCUUGAUAGUGGAAAAGUUGCUCAGGCAGCACUGGAUGUUUUCACCGAGGAACCUUCACCAGAAGAUACCAAAUUAGUGCAACAUGAGAGAGUCACUGUCACACCUCACCUCGGAGCCAGCACGAAGGAAGCACAGGAAGGUGUAGCUAUCGAAAUAGCAGAAGCUGUCGUCGGAGCCUUGAAAGGGGAACUUGCUGCGACUGCUGUGAAUGCUCCUAUGGUUCCUGCCGAGGUUUUGUCAGAGUUAGCUCCUUAUGUUGUGCUAGCUGAGAGGCUCGGUAGGCUAGCGGUGCAACUAGUGGCUGGAGGUAGUGGAAUCAAGUCAGCGAAGGUGGUUUAUAAAUCAGCUCGAGACCCAGAUGACUUGGACACGAGACUUCUCCGAGCCAUGAUAACGAAAGGCAUCAUUGAACCAAUAUCAGACUCAUUUAUCAACCUUGUCAAUGCAGACUUCACAGCCAAGAAAAAAGGCCUCCGCAUUAGCGAGGAACGUGUGGUUGUUGACGCAUCCCCUGAGCUCCCAAUUUUCUCAAUCCAGGUACAACUAUCCAAUGUGGAUUCUAAAUUUGGAAGUGCUGUUUCAGGAGGAGGAGACAUAAGCAUUGAGGGUAAAGUGAAAAACGGUAUACCUCAUUUGACACAGGUAGGAUCAUUCAGCGUUGAUGUGAGCCUGGAAGGAAAUAUCAUCCUGUGUAGGCAGGUUGAUCAGCCUGGCAUGAUUGGCCAGGUUGGAAACAUACUUGGUGAGCAAAAUGUAAACGUGAGCUUCAUGAGCGUGGGGAGAACAGUUAGGAGGAGAAAUGCCAUUAUGGCAAUUGGUGUGGAUGAAGAACCCAGCCUGGAAUCUCUGAAAGAAAUAGGUGAAGUACCCGCCAUCGAAGAGUUUGUUUUCCUCAAGCUAUAGAGAAAUCUAAUAAAAGGGCAAUGUCAGUAAUCCAAAGUGGUAUUGGUUUCCUAAAGCAGUCGUGAAUUCAGAACAAAAUAAAAACUGGUUGCCAUAAAAGGGCAAUCACCGUGCCUCUCCAUGUUCGACCAUCUAUAGCGGCAUGCAAGCAUCUUAGCAGUGUUGUUAUUUUUUCCCCUCAAGGGGAGAAGUAUUUUUGCACUUGUUUUGACU